GAAUAUUUGAUUUACAGAAAAUGGAACGUAAAUGUCACAAUCUACCUGCAGUGCGUAGUGUGUGUACGUGAGAAAAAUUAAAGAAAAAUGUUAAUAGGUCCAAAAAUAGAGAUAAAUAGAAAUGAACAACGAAACUGAACAAAUAUUUCUGCUUACCCCGACUGAAACCCAGUCUUCUACAGCAACUCAGAAGUUAGAACAGGCCUCAGUUCCACCGCAAGAUGUGGAAGACUUCUCCACAGUUUGCCGGACCUGCGCCACAGUCACUGAGUUCGUUAUCCCCAUAUUCGCCGGGGAGGGCGUCCAGAACAAUUUGGCUGAUAAAAUACACAAGCAUUUGCCUAUUCAGGUAUCGGAGACAGAUGUCCUCCCGCGAGUGGUGUGCUACCAAUGUGCCAACACUCUCUUGGCGUGGCACGAGCUAGUGCAGUGCUGCGUGCAAGCCGAUGAGGCCCUUCGCACGCGGUUGGCAGUCGCCGCUGCCAAAGCAGACAGCAUUAGGCCUGUUGAAACUAUUACGGAAUCCAAAUCUAGCCUUAAAGAUAUUGAAGAAAGUUCAGAACAAGAACAAAACAAACGGGCCGAGGGCUCGCCGGCCCCGCCGACCGGCCCGAGACCCGAAACCGGCCCGGAAUCGAAAAAGACCGGAGACGCGCCGGAGGAGGACGUCGACGAGCCCGCGGAGGUGUUCGUCGGCGAGGACGGCAAGCGGUUCACUGAGAUCGCCGACUUCGUGGUGCGCCUGGAGCCGCCGCAGUACCCGGCGGGCUGCGCCUACUGCCGCGCGCGCCUGGCGGGGCCCGCGCUCAAGGACCACCUGCUCACGGCGCACGCCGACAACCUGUUCCACUGCGACGAGUGCGACACCUUCGUCGACCGCAAGGACUUCAUCCUGCACAUGUCGCUGCACGCCGUCGAGUACGCCGCCAGGCACGAAAAGAAGCCGAAGCCGGUCCGGAGGGUGAGGAGGGUCAAAAAGAGAAAACCGGAGGCGAAGGACGAGAACGCGAACGACGAGAGGGGCGGGAGAAAAGGCGGCACCGGAGUCGGCGACGUGCGGCAGACCCCGGACAGCGAGAGCGAUCCCCAGGACAACGAGUUCUCCGACCACAGCGACGCCGAGUACGGGUUCGGCCCGCUCCCCGAGUCGGUUUUCGAGGCUAUCGAGGACUCGCAGGACGGCCAGCCGACGAUCGACGCCGAGGUCGACUCCUCCGGGAUCGGGGACGUCGAGGCGCCCGUCGCACCGGUCGAAACGGCCGAGAGCGUCAUCGUCGUCGUUCCGAGCGAAACGCCCGUCGACAAGAUCGACCCGCCCGCCGAGCCAUGCGUCCCGCCCGCCGGAAACGAUGAGAAUCCACCGGCGCCGGCGCCGCCGCCGAGCGCGAGCGUCAAGAGCCACAAGAAGCCGCGCACGUGCCCGACCUGCGGCAAGGUGUACACCGCGUCGUCCAGCUACUUCUACCACAUGAAGCACGCGCACCGCGGCGCGCGCGAGCACGAGUGCGACGUGUGCGGCAAGCGCUUCGGCACGCGCGCCGGGCUCGCGCAGCACGCCGCCGUGCACUCGGCCGAGCGCCGCUUCGAGUGUCAGCAGUGCGCCAAGCGGUUCCGCUCGCGCGCCGCGCUGUACAUCCACGCGCAGGCGCACUCGGGCGUGCGGCGCUGGGCGUGCGCGCAGUGCGGCCGCGCCUUCCGCUGGCGCGCGCACCUGGCCCGGCACGCGGCGCGCCACCGGACCGCGCGCGCGCACGCGUGCUCGGCGUGCGGCCGCGCCUUCAGCGUGCGCGCCGACCUGCUGCGCCACGCGCGCACGCACACGCGCGCCGCGCACGCCUGCGCCGCGUGCCCGCUCAAGUUCGCGCAGCUGCGCUACCUCAAGGUGCACGUGGAGCGCAAGCACGCCGGCCUGCCGCCGGGCCCGACCCCGGCCCCGACGGUUCCGAGCUGCCCCGUUGUCCAAAAUGAGUAG